AUGGAGUGCUGUACCAACAACGGUGCUGCACGUGAUGCUCGUGUCAUGGAGUGCUGUACCAACAACGGUGCUGCACGUGAUGCUCGUGUCAUGGAGUGCUGUACCAACAACGGUGCUGCACGUGAUGCUCGUGUCAUGGAGUGCUGUACCAACAACGGUGCUGCACGUGAUGCUCGUGUCAAGGAGUGCUGUACCAACAACGGUGCUGCACGUGAUGCUCGUGUCAAGGAGUGCUGUACCAACAACGGUGCUGCACGUGAUGCUCGUGUCAAGGAGUGCUGUACCAACAACGGUGCUGCACGUGAUGCUCGUGUCAAGGAGUGCUGUACCAACAACGGUGCUGCACGUGAUGCUCGUGUCAAGGAGUGCUGUACCAACAACGGUGCUGCACGUGAUGCUCGUGUCAAGGAGUGCUGUACCAACAACGGUGCUGCACGUGAUGCUCGUGUCAAGGAGUGCUGUACCAACAACGGUACUGCACGUGAUGCUCGUGUCAAGGAGUGCUGUACCAACAACGGUGCUGCACGUGAUGCUCGUGUCAAGGAGUGCUGUACCAACAACGGUGCUGCACGUGAUGCUCGUGUCAUGGAGUGCUGUACCAACAACGGUGCUGCACGUGAUGCUCGUGUCAAGGAGUGCUGUACCAACAACGGUGCUGCACGUGAUGCUCGUGUCAAGGAGUGCUGUACCAACAACGGUGCUGCACGUGAUGCUCGUGUCAUGGAGUGCUGUACCAACAACGGUGCUGCACGUGAUGCUCGUGUCAUGGAGUGCUGUACCAACAACGGUGCUGCACGUGAUGCUCGUGUCAUGGAGUGCUGUACCAACAACGGCGCUGCCAGUUACUAA